GCGGCGGAAAGUGGAGGUGGUGCUCGCCACUUGGCUCGGCGGCGGCGCUGGCAGCCGCGUGUCUUCCCAGAGCAUCGGCGCCGCGCAGGGCGGGGUGCUCAACAACAUCGGACGCGCAGUGGCGCACUUCCUCCCCCCACUGGACCUCGGCGCCGAGUUUCCGGAGGGGGCUCUUCAGGAGAUCAUCAAGUGCAAGUCCAUCUACGACGUGGAUGACGAUAGUUCUGUGGCGGCGUGCGACCCGGACAAGUUGUCGGUCCUGCAUCGGUCUGGUGCCCCCGUCGAUGCCCUGGACCUUGUGGGUGGCGAGUGCCGUCCGUGCCUCGAGGGCCCCGACUCCUUCAUCGUGCUGCCGCCGGAGGAGCUGGCCUCGAUCGUGGACCCCGUGGUGCCGCGCUGGGAUCCCAAGCUCGGCGGCUCGCUGGAGGCCCGCCGGGACUUUGUGCGCCGUCUCGACCGGGUGGGCCUCAUCUCGCGGAGGAGACGGGAGCGCUGCCGGGUCGGAGCAUUCUUCGUCAAGAAGAAGGGCGACGCGAUCAGGCUCGUCCUUGACUGCAGGCCGACCAACCAGCCCCACAGGAGGCCGCCUAAGUCCGACCUCGCCACGCCGGGUGCGCUCUCCAACCUCAUGCUGUCGGAGGAGUGGUGCCGACUCUCUGCGGGGGACCUACCUGCGUGCGGUCGAGGCGCCGAGGGCAUCGACGUGCUCGACCUCUCGUGUGCGGGCAUGGACCUCAAGGAUGGGUUCUACCAGUUCCGCGCGGACAGUGUCGCAUCGUGGUUCUCGCUGGGCGUGUCGUCGGCGGCCUCGGACAUCGGUGUCACUGAGGUUUACGAUGGCGACCACCUCUCCGUCGUCCCCGUGGAGGGUCACGAGCUUCUCUGGGCGUGUUUUGGAGGCUUGCCGAUGGGUUGGAGCUGGGCGAUGUUCUUCUGCCGCGGCAGCCUGGAGGCGGCUUCGCGCCGAGCGUUGCGGCGGCUGGGGCUCCCCGAAGUCACGCUCGAGGACUGGGGGCCUCCGCCGCCCUUCGGCAGGGCCGCCGCCAUCGUCGCCCCCUACGUCGACAAGGGCAACAUCAUCGGCGGCAGCCCCGAGGCCGCGCUCAGGCUGUUCCACGCGCUGCGGGAGGAGCUCACCUGCAUCGGCUUCCUGCUCCACGAGGAGCCGGGGCCCGCCUCGGACUACGAGCUCGUCGGCCGACAGAUCCGAGGGCGACGGCGCGGCCUCAUUUCGAGGCCGCGGCGGAUGUGGCGGCCGUGGCUGGCCCUGGAUGAGGUUUGCCAGGUCCGGCAUAUCUCGCCCGCCCAGCUGCGCCGGAUCAUCGGCCACCUGGUGGGCCACUUCAGUGUCAGGAGGGAGCUCCUCAGCUGCCUGUGCUCGGUCUACCAGUUCGUGGGCGACGGGCUGGGGCCGCCGCGCGUGCUGGACAGCGCCGUGGUCGUGGAACUGCGGGUGGCGCAGGGCCUUCUGGCUCUGGCGGUGUCGGAGCUCGGGAGAGGCAUUGCCACCGUGGCGUACUGCUCGGGCUCCAGCAUGCGGGGCUUCGCGCUCCACGUCACGGACACUGACCCGCGCGAGGCCUGGGCCGCUGCCCAGUGCCAUGAGAGGUGGAGGUUCAAGGAGGCGGACCCGUCACCACCACCUGAUGAUCGACGAGAUGAACUGCGAGGCGCAUUGGCGCCUGGCGCCGUGGGCGCGGUGCUCACCGGCGCCUUCGCAGCAUGCGCUCAGGACCACCUCCUGGCCGACCCGCCGACGUCGGGUCCCGCCGCCCUCGCCGUGGUCGAGCCGCACCUCGUCGAGGUCGUCGGCCGCGUGCCCCGGCUGGAGCCGAGCUGGGGUGCACCUGGCCGCUGGCGGGCCGCGGCGGUGGGCGCCUGGGGGAAGCCUGACAAGAUCCACAACCUCGAGGCCCGAGCAGCUCUCAUGGGCCUCGAGGAUUUCUGCAAGGACCCUGCCAACCACUCUCGCGUGCUGCUCUCGCUUGGGAACAACAUGUCCGAGGUCCUGGCCAUGGGCCGCGGGCAGGCCCGCCCCUGGGAGCUGCUGGCCCUCGCGCGGAGGGCCGCCGCUCUGCAGGCAGCUGCGAACGUCCGCUGGGCCCGCCGACACAUCGAGACAGAGCGCAACCCCAGCGACUAUACGCCUCGCGGCUGCCGCGCCUUCGGCCGGGCGAGGUUCGCCGUGGCCGAGGUUGAGGCAGCGGUGGCGCGCGCCGAGGACCUCUCGGCCGUGGGGGCGGCGUUCGGUGCCGUCGACAGGGGCCCUCGGCCGGAGCGGCCGCCCCGACUGGUGCGGGGGCCCAGGCCUGAGCCCCGCGCUCCGCCGGGGCUGCUCCGACGGGGGAAGGUAUUCCUGGAGGUCUUCGCUGGGUGCAUGCGGCUCUCCGCGGCGGUUGCGCUCUCGGGGCUCGCCGUGGCCGUGCCGAUCGACGUCGCGAGCGGGGGGCGCUUCAACAUCACCGUGCCCGCCGUCGCGGAGGUGGUGGUCGGCUGGGUCCGGAGCGGCCGCGUCUGGGCCGUGGCCCUCGGCGCUCCGCGCGCCCGCUGGAGCUCCGCCCGACGGUCAGAGCCUUCAGGCCGUGCCGAGAAGGACGGCCUGGAGUGUGCCCGAUUCACUGUGCGGAUUCUCCAGGAGUGCUUCGCUCGCAAGGUGUUCGUGGUGCUGGAGAACCCGUGGUCUUCUGGUCUCUGGAACUGGCAGCCGCUUAGCAACCUCCCCGACUUCUCCGGCGCCGUCCGCCGCUGUCCGGGCUGCCUGCGACAUGUCAUCCUGCAGGGCGCCGUCUUUGUGGAGGGCGUCGGUUGGCGUUGGAGGACCUCGUAUGCCGCGGCGUGCCCUCCAGCUCUUUGUCGUGCUCUGGCCCGGGUGCUGGGGGGUGCCGCCCCGCAGAGGGCCUUCUGCCGCGCCGACGAGCAGCUCCCGGCGCCCUCGUGGGAGGACGAGCUCAGGCGCGCGGCCGGCGAGUCCAGGGCCAGGCCAGCAGCCGCAGUGGCGCUCCCGGCCCUCCCGCGCCGAGCCUCGCUCGGCUGGCGGGCGAGCCGCUCCUGGGGCGGGGCCGACCUGGGCGAGGGGCUGGGCAUCCUCCGUGCCGCCUGCGCCGACGUGGUGCGCUCUCUGGGCCGCGACGCCCCGAGUGCCAAGAGCAUGGGCGCUUGGGGCCGCGCCCUCGAGAGCUACGUCGGGAAGCUCCACCGGGCGGGGGGCCGCGCCGCGGUCGCGAGGCUCGCUUUGCUGGGGUUCGCCCGCUCCUCGCCCGAGCACUGCCGAGGCCCGCCGUGCAUGGGGCAGGUCUACUUGGCCAUCGACUACUUCAUCGGCCGGGCCGCUGGCGACGACCUGCUCCUGUGCGCCAUGGCCGCCGCUCACGCCUGGAUCAGCGUGGACUGCUAUCUCUGGCCCUCAGAAGGGCUGGCGCUGGUGGGCGUGGCGGUCAGCCGGCCGCGGCGUGGGGCCGCCGCGCAGGGCUGGGCUCUGACGAUCGCCCCCCGCGGCGGCCCGCCGGCCAAGAACAGACGGUUCGAUGCCAGCGUGGUGGUCGGGGCCCACGACAGGGCCUGGGCUUGUGACUUGCUGGAGCUGCUAGUCUGCGACCUCCCAGCGGACAAGCCCCUCUUCCGAGCCCUCGCGCUGCGCAGCCUGGAGCGGCUCUACAGAGAGAUGAGCGAGGCCCUGGACUUCCCGAUGGUCGCCCAUGGUCUGCGCCAUGCCAGGCCUAGCCACGACUCCUUGGUGCACAAGUCCUCGAUUGAGGACAUCCAGCAGCGGGGUCGUUGGGUGUCGCUCGAGAGCUGCCGCUUCUACACGAAGGCAGCCAGCUUGGUGCGCUCGCUGGCCCGAGUCUCAGACGCUCUCCUGCGGCGGGCGGCGCGCAUCCGUCCACAGCUCUCAGAGCGCCUGCUGCAGGUGGUCAGUGAG